GGACUGGGAGCAGCAUUCGGAUUCGUCCAAACGUUAGUCGCACCAGGUGUGUGAGUGUCAACAGAAUCGCGGAAACAUGGGCGCAGAGACAGUUGACACCGGGGGUGUCUUCAGAAAAUCUGGUACGGAACCGGAAGUCCUCAAGCAUCAAAAAUUGCCUGGGAUCAUGGAACGAGGAUUGCACGAGCGUGAUAGAGUCGGCGUUCAGGACUUCGUUCUGCUGGAGGACUUUCGCAGCGAGUCCGCCUUCAUCGACAAUCUGCGCAAACGAUUCAAGGAAGAUCUCAUUUACACGUACAUUGGCCAAGUACUGGUGUCAGUGAAUCCUUAUAAGAAACUUCCCAUCUAUACCCCGGAAACCAUCCUUUACUAUCACGGGAGAAACUUCUUCGAGGCACCUCCUCACAUUUUUGCUCUUGCAGACACUGCCUAUCAAUCUCUGGCUAAAGAAAAUCGCGAUCAAUGCAUCUUGAUUUCAGGCGAAUCGGGAUCUGGGAAAACAGAGGCAUCCAAAAAGAUCUUAGAAUUUAUUGCGGCUGCUACCGGUCAUAAAAAACAAGUGGAAGAAGUGAAUAAUAAAUUGAUUGGCAGCAAUCCCGUGUUGGAAGCUUUCGGUAACGCAAAAACCAAUCGCAAUGAUAAUUCAUCCCGCUUCGGCAAAUACAUGGAUGUUCAGUUCAAUUUCCAGGGAGAUCCAGUCGGUGGAAAUAUCCUGAACUAUUUGUUAGAGAAGUCUCGAGUGGUCCAUCAAUCGGUGGGCGAACGAAAUUUUCAUAUCUUUUAUCAGCUUUUAGCAGGCGCGGAUGAUGAUACGUUAAGAAAAUUGUGCUUGAAGAGGAAUCUCGAUACUUUUUUCUACUUGAGUAACGGGACGAAAGGUACAGUGGAUACCAUCGACGAUACUAAUCAGUACAAGGAAGUCGUCCGAGCGAUGAAAACCAUGGAAAUGUCUCAGCAGGAACAGAACGAUCUGUUUGCCAUAGUCGCAUCGGUGUUGCACAUGGGUAACGUAGGUUUCUCGGAAGAGGACGGAGUGGCAACUAUUCUGAAACCUGCAUCUGUCGAUGCCAUCGCUACGCUGCUAGGAUGUGACGUGAAGCGACUGGCAAAGGCAUUUACUCAUCGCACCAUAGAUGCUCACGGUGACGUUGUGGUUUCACCCUUGAAUAGGGAAUUGGCUAUUUAUGCAAGAGACGCGCUAGCGAAGGCCGUGUACGACAGAUUAUUCACCUGGCUCGUGACUAGACUCAACAAAUCUUUACAGCCCCAGACUAAUCCUCGACGCAAAAUGGUCAUGGGUAUCUUGGACAUUUACGGCUUUGAAAUCUUUCAGAAGAACAGUUUUGAGCAGUUCUGCAUUAACUUUUGCAACGAGAAAUUGCAACAGCUGUUUAUCCAAUUAACAUUGAAGUCAGAACAGGAAGAAUACCUGCGCGAAGGAAUAACCUGGGAAAAUAUAGAUUAUUUCAAUAAUAAGAUCAUCUGCGACUUGAUUGAAGAGAAGUAUAAAGGAAUAAUAUCGUUAAUGGAUGAAGAGUGUUUGCGACCUGGAGAACCGACGGAUAUGAGCUUCCUGGAGAAAUUGAACGUAAAUCUAAACAACCACCCUCACUAUAUUAGCCAUCAGAAAGCUGACUUACAAACACAAAAAACUAUGGGACGAGACGAAUUUAGAUUAGUACAUUACGCUGGUGAUGUUACGUACAAUGUACGCGGAUUUCUCGAAAAAAAUAAUGAUUUACUAUUUCGAGAUUUACGUGAAGUUAUGUCGCAUACAACGAAUUCCAUUACAAAGACUGUAUUUGAUGUAAAAGAUUUAACCAGUAAGAAACGCCCAGAGACCGCCAUAACGCAAUUUAAAAAUAGUUUAAAUAAUUUGGUUGAGAUCCUUAUGGGUAAAGAACCGUCCUAUAUUCGUUGCAUCAAACCUAACGAUUUUAAGAUACCCAACCAAUUCAACAAAAAGAUUGUGCUACAUCAAGUGAAAUAUUUGGGUCUGAUGGAGAAUUUGCGAGUUAGACGUGCCGGUUUUGCAUAUCGAAGACCGUAUGAACAAUUCUUGCAACGUUACAAGUGCCUCUGUUCGGAAACUUGGCCGAAUUACUAUGGCCUGGCAAAGGAAGGUGUGCAGACGCUUGUGUGUCAUCUCGGAUACGAGCGCGACGAGUAUAGAAUGGGAAACACAAAGUUGUUCAUUCGUUUUCCUAAAACAUUAUUCGAUACGGAGGAUGCGUUCCAAAUGAAGAAACACGAAAUAGCCGCUAUUAUCCAAAGCAAAUGGAAAGCUAUAUUAAUGAGGAGGAAAUAUUUAGAGAUGCGAGAAGCAGCGAUCGUUUUCCAGAAAAACAUUCGUAGGUGGCUCGCGAAACGUAAAGCCGAAAAACGACAACAGGCGGUUACCACCAUUCGCAGAUUUAUCGAAGGCUUUAUCACACGAGAUGGACCGCCUACGGAAAUUAACAAGGCAUUUAUCGAAUUAGCGAAAUCGCAGUGGCUCAUCAGACUUUCGAAGACAUUACCACCGGGUGUCUUAAAUAAAUAUUGGCCGCCAUGCCCAUAUUCUUGCCAAAAGGCGUCAGAGUAUUUGCAUGUAAUGCACAGGCGAUGGAAAGCUCGUUGUUAUCGAAUGGCAUUAAAUAAGGAAGAUAAAGAAAACUUUGAGUUAAAGAUUCUCGCGGAGUCUCUAUUCAAGAAUAAGAAAAAGUCUUAUGCAAAAAGUGUAGGUCCGAAAUUUAUAACCGAUCGUCUUGGAGAGGAGUACAAAGCACUGCGACAGAGCUUUAUUAACAACAUUUUAACUUCUGGAGAAAACAUAAAGUACGCCACUCCCGUCAUUAAAUACGAUCGACAUGGGUAUAAGCCACGCGAGAGAGUGCUUAUUUUAACAGAGAAUGCCGUAUACAUUCUCGACACACUUAAAACCUUCAAGCUCAAGCAUCGUCUACCUUACAAGGCUAUCGAGGAGUUGGUUGUGACUAGGGAAUCAGAUAAUUUACUCAUCGUUAGGAUACCACCUGAAUUGAAAAAGGAUAAGGGUGACUUGAUCUUAGAAGUUCCGCAUUUAAUAGAAGCAUUGACGAAAGCGAUUGAUAUUACUAACAAUCCGAAUAUUCUCAAGAUCGUCAAUACCGAAUCUGUGUCCCAUAAACUAGUCAGUGGUAAGGAAGGAGUCAUCGAAGUUAGGACUGGUGCUACUCCCGCAAUUAGUAAAAAUAGACAGAGCGGGCAUUUAUUAGUAGUAAAGAUUCACAAUAAUUCUAAUAUUUUCGAAUAAUUGUCUUUCCCUCGCACUUGUUUUAAACUAUUAAAUUUCAGGUUGCUUCCCCGUAAAAUUAUGCCAAAAAAGAGAAUUUUACGAAACUGAAAGAAUCGGUGCUAUGAUGCCUGAAGCAGCCUUAACACAAUGUGAUCUAGAAAAUAUACAACAGAACAUCGAGAAGAGAUAAUAUAUGUGACACUUUAAUACAUUUUUAAAUUACUCUGGCAAUGUUGAACGAAAAGGUGAUAAAAUGACAAUACAUAGGUCUUUCAUUCCAACGUACAGAUUACGUCAAAAUCUUGUUUCAAAUAUGAAAGACACAGAAUGCCAUAGGGCCUCCUGUAUAAUAUUUCCUUGUAAAUUAGGUAAUAUUACUAACAAUAUUUAUUUUGAUAGAAAAAUAAAGAUGAAAUCGAUCAGAUAGGCGAAUUCACUCGUCAAUAAUUUAUAAACAUUAUUUAAAUAUAAAUUAAGUUUCAGUUGUGUGAGUGCAAUAAACAGAAAAAAAUUUACAUCUCACU